CGGCUGGGAACUAUAUAUAAUAUAAAGCGAGGGCCUUUGAGCACAGCCGCUUGCGCCCCCCAUUCCGGCCGACCUAGAGAUCAAGACCCCACCUAGGGCUUCAUUCGGGAGCAUAUAGAGAUAUGAGUGAAGAAAAUCAAUCAGCUUCUUCUAACAAACGCCCAGUUCCACGGCUGAAUGAAAGGAUUCUCUCAUCCAUGUCAAGGAGAUCGAUAGCUGCACAUCCUUGGCAUGAUCUUGAAAUAGGUCCUGGAGCCCCUACUGUUUUCAAUGCUGUUGUCGAGAUAACAAAAGGAAGUAAAGUUAAAUAUGAACUUGACAAGAAAACAGGAUUGAUUAAGGUUGAUCGUGUCUUGUAUUCAUCAGUGGUCUAUCCUCAUAAUUAUGGUUUCAUACCACGCACACUUUGUGAUGAUGGUGACCCUUUGGAUGUUUUGGUCCUGAUGCAGGAACCAGUCCUUCCUGGGUGCUUUCUUCGAGCAAGGGCUAUUGGUCUUAUGCCUAUGAUCGAUCAGGGUGAGAAAGAUGAUAAGAUCAUUGCAGUUUGUGCUGAUGAUCCCGAGUACCGCCACUACAAUGACAUAAACGAGCUCUCUCCUCAUCGUCUUGCUGAAAUUCGACGCUUCUUUGAAGACUAUAAAAAAAAUGAGAAUAAAGAAGUCGCAGUCGAUGAAUUUUUGCCUGCAGUUGCUGCCCAUGAAGCCGUCCAGCACUCCAUGGAUCUUUAUGCUGAAUACAUCUUGCAGGGCUUGAGGCGCUAGAAUGGUGUUGAGGUGCUAGAAUGGUGCUACUUAUUUCAUUCAAUAAUACAUUCCUCUGGCUUAACAGAGUGGCGAGAUCGAAAAAACUCAUCCAAGAUUAAUUUAACUCUUUAAAUUAAGAAUUUUGAUUGCUGUACGUGUAAUUCAACAAUACUUGCCUAUCUGAACAGUGAUCAGAUCGCACAGAUGCCUGAUGGUAUUUUUCAUGGCAAAAUUUUAUUCAUUCAAUUUUGCAUCUUGUUGUGUGGUUUGAUGAAGCUACAAAGCCUGAGUUUGGGGAGAACUGCUAAAGGACUUCUCCUGGUCCAUUUUCUCCUUUAGGAUAGGACGAUGGCAUUUUGUAAAUUUUAGCAGGCUAGCAAUGUUGAAGUGGGAUUACAAGGGAA